UAGCUCGGACAAUUUUUAACUUAAUACAUAGUUCUCAGUCACCGAUUCAAGUCAAUAUUUAUAAUGGAAUUUCUUGGUAAAACCUACAUACGUGUUAGGGAUGAGAACUAUAAGGAAUUUCUUGAAAGUUUUGGUCUGUCCGACGAGAGAGUAAAAUCUUUUAUCUCGCUUAACCAAACACAGUCCCUUCAAAAGGAUGGUGAUGGCUACGUCUUGAUCUACGACAAACCUGACGGUCAAACAGUCAUUAAGUUCAAGAAUGGAGUUGAGUUCGAAGAGGAGGUCAAUCCUAACAGUAUCUCAAAAACGACACUCACUCUUGAUGGCAAUGUCCUUACUCAUAUCCAAAAUUUGGGGACUGUAAUUAUAAACAUUAAAAGGGAAUUCUCUGCGGACCAACUCGUCAUGACAAUCACAACAAACCUAUGGGACGGCACUGCACGCAGAUAUUUCAAGCGAAUGUAAAUAAUAAUAUUUAAUUAAUUUAUUUGAAUACAGCCUGAACUUUAUUCUGUGUUA